AUGACGAUGGUCAUUGACAAUCAGGGUCGACAUUACGGUGGCAUGGGUUACGACCACAUGUAUCCCAACAUGCAAACUACACCGCAGUUUAGUGACCCUUGGUCGCACCAGACCAGCACUUCUAGCUCGUCAUUCCCGGCUCUCUCUAAGACGGACAGUUCACGGUCAGGAAUAUCGCUGCCAUACUCUCAGAUUCCUUCAGUUUCCGGAACAAUGGCACAAGGUAGCGCCUAUUCCAGCACCGGAUAUUCUGGCACGGAUUUGCUAAGUCUCCCUCAAGACAUCCCGCGCUCGACCUUUGGUGAGCAGUCUUACUCCACACCGUCGGCAACUUCGGCGUCAUAUGCGCCCUCAUAUUCUUCGCUGAGCUAUGCUCAGUCGUUGCAUCAGCAGCAGCAACAGCAGCAACACAGAAAAUUGUCGGACACAGUUGACAACUCUCGGGCAGCAACCGCCAGCUUUGGUGAGCUGGACGCUUCGAGAGGCAUGCUGGCGCUCAGUCAUCAAAGCCUCCAAGACAUGACUCCACGCAAUAUCUACGAAGCCCGGGCUCAGAGAGGUUCCACUGAUGCAUACGGCUUCCCACACACCACGUCCAGCCAUUCUUCCAUUUCCAAUGAAUCUGGCCGUGGAUAUCCCUACUACGCGGCAAGUUCAGUUGGUUCGGUGACGGACUCUGCCACAGACUACAGCUCUGCGGCCUCAGAUGCUGGCUACGAAUCCAUGGCAGCGUCUCGCACGUUACCACGUCCGACCCAGAUGCUCGGUGGCCCUCUUGGGCCACCAGCCCCGCAAUCGAUGAUGGGACAAUUUUCGUCCAAAAUGUCUGCCAACACACAGAAGAAACACAAGUGCAAGGUUUGCGACAAGCGCUUCACACGACCAAGCUCCUUGCAGACACACAUGUACAGUCACACAGGCGAGAAGCCAUUCGCCUGCGAUGUGGAAGGCUGCGGGCGGCACUUUUCAGUCGUGUCCAAUUUGCGCCGACACAAAAAGGUGCACAAGGAAGAUGCAACCUCGACUGCCAGUCAUUCAGAUGUCGAGUGA